CCUUCCUUCCCAUCAGUGUUCCAAGGUACACUAGAGUGCUAAAAUGUUUUUCAGCAACCUAAAUUGAGAAAUGAGAGCACAUGUUGCCUAAUGCCUACACUAUAAAAGGAAGGCUGAAUUUACUUUCUCUUUUAUUCCUAUUAAGGCUUCAGCAAAGCACCAGAAAUUAGAGUCAGAAAACUGAACAAUGCUGCUGCUUUCAAUUUUGAGUGUUUUCAUUGUGGUGACAAGAUCCAUUGCAAAUCCAACUCAGGUUGUCCAAAAAUCAGAACCAAAUGUAUGUACAAUAGUGGUAUGUGGGCCUGCUCAGAGUGGAUUACCAGGCAGAGAUGGAAGAGAUGGGAAGGAAGGCCCUAAGGGGGAAAAGGGAAAUCCAGGAUUACAAGGAUUAAAAGGGUCACAGGGUCCUCCAGGAAAGAUGGGCCCUGCUGGUCCAGAAGGAGCAAAGGGUUCACAAGGAGAAAAGGGUUCAAAAGGAGAUGUUGGAGAUAGAGGAUUGCAAGGAGUCCCAGGUUUGAAGGGUGACCAAGGAAUUAGAGGUCCUGCUGGGCCAAAAGGGGAUAAAGGUUCAUCAGGUGAAAAAGGAGCAAAGGGAGAAAUAGGACUGCAAGGAACCACAGGUCAGCAAGGUCUUCCAGGAAAUUCUGGUUCCUCUGGGCCAAAAGGGGACAAAGGCCCAGUCGGUGAAAAGGGAGGAAAGGGAGACAAAGGAGACAGAGGGUUACAAGGAGCUACAGGUUCACAGGGUCCCACAGGUAAAACUGGGUUUUCUGGGCCAAAGGGAGAUAAAGGCUCACAAGGUGAAAAAGGAACAAAGGGAGACAGUGGACUCUCCGAAAUCAACCUCUUAAAAAUACAAGUGCGCACUUUAGAAGGGAAGCUGAACACACUGCAAAACAGUUUCUCCAAAUACAAGAAAGUUAUAAUGUUCCCGAAUGGCAGAAUUGUGGGUGAAAAGGUAUUCAUGACCAGUGGCUAUGAAAGCAGUUUUGAAAAUCUGAAACAAAAGUGUUCUCAAGCUGGGGGCCAGCUUGCUGCCCCUCGGAAUUCAGCAGAAAAUGCUGCCAUCCAACAAAUUGUUGCUAUGCACAAUAAAGCAGCGUAUCUUGGCAUAAAUGAUAUACAGACAGAGGGGCAGUUCAGGUACCUAAAUGGACAAGCCAUUACUUACUCCAACUGGCUACCUAGAGAACCAAACAAUGAUAGAGGCGUUGAAGAUUGUGUGGAAGUCUUUGAACAUGACCACUUGAGACCACGUGCUGUCCAUGAUGAAUUGUUAAAAGAAACCGAUACUCCCAUUUAUUGUAAGGCUUAGGGCACAAAGAAGAUAACAAGGAGAAGAAGUGCACCCAUCCUGCCAGGUGGGCAGCAAGAAAAUUUCCAAGGCUGAGAUAAGCUAAAGACAAAAGAAGAACAACCACAAAAGCAGAAGCUGGGUAUUGAAAACCCCCAAAGCACUGAAUCAAAGGAUGACAAUCCCUAUAAAAGAAGAUUUCAAAAAUGCCAAGUUGGGUGAGUCUCUCUCGCAACUGUGGUUUCAUUGGAGCACAGACAUGUCUGUUUCACCCCACUCCAAGCUGUUAUCUACAGGAUAUUUCUCUCAUAAUAACCACCCUACCUGCUAUCUGCAUCUUCUCUCAAUAAGGUUGGGGCCGGCCACCCAGUGCUAUUAUUGAACAACUGCUGCUGGUAACUAUAAUGUUUAAAUGGAAUGGUUGUUUUGUGUUCAUGUGUAUCUGUAUGUAAGUUUUGUGCAUGAUGAUUUGUGUGUGUCUAUAUGAAUGGUGUGUCUAAACCUCUAUGUCUAAUUCAUGUAAUCAA